UUUACAGUGGCCCAUCCCCAGGAGCCUCACCACCCCUCUGAAAAGCCGGUCAUCCACUGCCAUAAAUGUGGGGAGCCAUGUAAAGGUGAAGUACUCCGUGUUCAAGCCAGACACUUUCACAUCAAAUGCUUCACCUGCAAAGUGUGUGGCUGUGACUUGGCACAAGGAGGCUUUUUCAUUAAGAAUGGGGAAUAUCUUUGCACCUUGGAUUACCAGCGCAUGUAUGGUACCCGCUGCAAUGGUUGCGGGGAGUUUGUGGAAGGCGAAGUAGUGACAGCUCUGGGAAAAACUUAUCAUCCAAGCUGCUUUGCCUGUACUGUUUGCAAGCGUCCAUUUCCACCAGGGGAUCGAGUUACCUUUAAUGGAAGGGACUGUCUCUGUCAGAUGUGUGCUCAGCCAAUGUCCUCCAGUCCAAAGGAGCUGUCUGCCUCCAGCAAUUGUGCUGGCUGUGGAAGAGACAUAAAAAAUGGACAAGCGUUGCUAGCUCUGGAUAAGCAGUGGCACCUGGGGUGCUUUAAGUGCAAGGCUUGCGGGAAGGUCCUAACUGGGGAAUACAUCAGCAAAGAUGGUGCUCCUUAUUGUGAAAAGGACUAUCAAGUUCUUUUUGGAGUCAAAUGCGAGGCAUGUCACCAGUUCAUUACUGGGAAAGUCCUAGAGGCAGGUGACAAGCAUUAUCAUCCAAGCUGUGCACGAUGCAGCAGGUGCAACCAAAUGUUCACGGAAGGAGAAGAAAUGUAUCUGCAAGGUUCCACUGUCUGGCAUCCCGACUGUAAGCAAUCCACUAAGACUGAAGAUAAACUAAGGCCUACAAGAACAUCAUCAGAAAGCAUUUAUUCCAGACCGGGUUCCAGUAUACCUGGCUCUCCAGGCCACACUAUCUAUGCAAAAGUAGACAAUGAAAUCCUUGAUUACAAGGAUUUAGCAGCCAUUCCCAAAGUCAAGGCCAUUUAUGACAUUGAACGUCCAGACCUAAUUACUUAUGAGCCAUUCUACACUUCCGCCUACGAGGACAGACAGGACAGACAGAGUCUUGGAGAGUCUCCAAGGACAUUAUCACCUACCCCUUCUGCAGAAGGUUAUCAAGACGUUCGAGAUCGCAUGAUUCACAGGUCUACUAGUCAGGGCUCCAUUAAUUCUCCAGUGUACAGUCGUCAUAGCUACACACCCACCAUGUCACGUUCCCCUCAGCAUUUCCACAGACCUGGCAAUGAGCCGUCCAGCGGUCGGAACUCCCCUGUCCCUUACCGGCCCGACAGCCGCCCUCUCACUCCAACUUACGCUCAGGCCCCUAAACAUUUCCAUGUUCCAGAUCAAGGUGUCAACAUUUACAGAAAACCACCCAUCUACAAACAACAUGCUGCCUUGGCAGCACAGAGCAAGUCCUCCGAGGAUAUCAUCAAGUCCUCCAAGUUCCCAGCAGCUCAUGCACCAGCACCCAACGAGAUACCAAAGAUUGAGACGGACCACUGGCCAGGUCCUCCCUCCCUUGCGGCCGUAGGAGCUGACAUGAGACGCAGAUCAAGUGGAAGAGAGGAAGAUGACGAGGAGCUACAGAGACGCCGGCAGCUGCAGGAGGAACAGCUCAUGAAGCUCAACUCUGGUCUGGGACAAUUGAUAUUGAAAGAAGAGAUGGAGAAGGAGAGUCGCGAUAGGUCAGCCCUUUCGGCCAGUCGUUAUGAUUCUCCAGCACAUGCUUCAGCCUCCAAAACCUCUUCUCUCCCUGGUUAUGGAAAAAAUGGACUUCACAGGCCGGUAUCUACAGAUUUCGGUCAGUACAACAGUUAUGGGGAUGUGAGUGGUGGUGUUAGAGAUUUCCAGUCCCUUCCGGAUGGUCAUGUCCCUGGAAUGAGAAUGGACAGAGGAGUAUCUAUGCCUAACAUGUUGGAGCCAAAGAUUUUUCCAUAUGAAAUGCUCAUGGUGACCAACAGAGGGCGAAAUAAAAUACUAAAAGAUGUAGACAGAACCAGGCUUGAGCGUCACUUAGCACCUGAAGUUUUUCAAGAUAUAUUUGGCAUGACGAUACAGGAGUUUGACAAGUUACCUCUCUGGAGACGCAACGACAUGAAGAAAAAAGCAAAACUCUUUUAAUCUCCCUUUAAACAAACCAACAAAAAAUGAUGCAUAGGAUAUUGUAUCAUACAGUCCAAACUAUUUGGAAGCAAAUACUUAUCCACCAAAAAGGGAAAAAUCACACUGUGGCACCUCUGCACACAGCAAAUGAACAAGAUGAACGUUUGCCCUCCUGGAACAUAGGGAGAAAAUAUCUGGUCUCAGAAACAACAAUUAUAGUUUUCAGAGGUGUCGACUUGUUAAAUGAUAUUAUACAAGAUAGGAAACUGUUCGGUUCUUCUCCCUCAAUGAUAUUCCCUUUGCUUCUCUCCACAAUUUGAUGGACUUUAUCGCUAGAGCCAGGAAGUGCCCUUAGGAUGCCUUGUAGACUAAAGUUGUAACCACUCCAAGAACUGGAAAAGAAUAUAUAUAUAUUUAUAUAUA